AUGAAAAUGAAGCGCACCCUGCUGUUUGUUGCCGCUGUGCUUUUUGCCGGUAGCGCUGCUGCCGCACCUCAGGUUGGUGACAUGGCCCCUGAUUUCACGCUGCCCGGCAGCGAUGGUGGUUACCACACGCUUUCAGAUCUGCAAAUUACAAAGUUCGACAUUGCCUAUUUCAUGGCCAGCGUCGAUUCUCUCGAAGACAAUACCGGUUUUGCUCAGAAAAAUAAUGCCAACUUUCCGAUUCUGGCUGACGUCACCAAGACCAUGUCCCAGUCGUAUGGUGUGUUACACGCAGCAGGCUUUGCCCAGCGCUGGACCUACUAUAUUGAUCCAGAAGGCAUCAUCAUCAGAAUAGAUAAAGACACCAAUCCGGCAACCGCUGGCGCUGACCUGGCGGCGCUGCAACGUGACCACGACGUUAGAGUUCUGAAUACCCUCAAGUUUGCAAUUGAUCUGCAACAAGGCAGCCCAGACCUUUACUAUCGCCAGAAGGCGCUCAACGCUUAUGACGCAGUUCUACCGAGAAUCGGCGCGUCGAUUACCUACUAUGGCACAGCGGUUGUGCGUCAGUUUCAGGAGAUGGACGUAUUCUGCGCCAAUACUGCCCACGGCAUUAUCAACUCAAGGGAUAAAUUGCGCAGUUUGCAGAUUCUGAGCCGCCACCAUAUUGGUAUUCCCCGCACAACUUUUGUACGUGACAAAAAAGAUGUGAUUCCUGCGAUUGAGCGCGUGGGUGGUGCGCCGGUGGUCAUCAAGUUGAUCGAAGGUACGCAGGGUAUCGGUGUGUUGUUAGCUGAAACCAUGCAGGCAGCAGAAUCCAUCAUUGAGCUGUUGCAAAGCCAGAAACAGAACGUGCUUGUGCAGAAGUUUGUAGCCGAGAGUAAAGGCAAAGACAUACGCGCCUUUGUUGUGGGCGAUCGCGUGGUGGCAGCCAUGCGACGUGUUGCGCAAGGUCAGGAGUUUCGCAGUAACGUGCACCGUGGCGGUGUCGCUGAGGCAGUUGAACUGGACGAUGUGUAUAAAGAAACAGCGGUCAGGUCGGCGCAAAUCCUUGGCUUGCGCGUUGCUGGCGUCGACAUGUUGGAAGGCGCCACGGGUCCGCAGAUCAUGGAAGUGAAUUCCUCGCCGGGCCUGGAAGGUAUCGAAACCUGUACAGGUCUGGAUGUCGCUGGUGCGGUCAUCGAUUACAUCUCCGCGCAGGUAGACUUCCCGGAAAUUGACAUACGCCAGAGGUUAACGGUCAGCAAAGGUUACGGGGUGAGUGAAAUCUACGUACCUGACGGAUCAGAUUUUGUCGGCAUGACCAUUAAAGAGAGCAACCUUGCUGAAAAAGACAUCAAUGUUUUAACGUUGCGUCCCAAGAUUCAGGAUCUGGCCCCGGAAGCGAUCGAGAGAGCCUCCGAAGCCAGGAGCGAUGUUGUACAACCCGGUGAGCGUGUUCAGUUCGACCUGCCGACCGCAAGGCUCUAUACCCAUACGCCGCUGAAUAUGCCUGUGGAAAUUAUACACGGGCGCUACGUUGGCCCCGUCUUACUGAUUUGUGCCGCAAUUCACGGUGAUGAGCUCAAUGGGGUGGAAGUCAUCCGUCGCAUGCGCAGCUUUCGCUCGCUGAAUCGGCUGCAUGGCACGUUGAUCCUCAUACCUGUUGUGAAUCUGUUCGGCUUCAUCCAUCAAUCGCGGUAUCUGCCGGAUCGACGAGAUUUGAAUCGCUCAUUUCCCGGCAGCGAAAGAGGCAGUAUUGCCUCACGUGUGGCACAUGUUUUCUUUGACAAUAUAGUUAAGCGGUGUACACAUAUCAUCGAUCUGCAUACGGCGGCUGUAAAUCGAGACAACCUGCCUCAGAUUCGAGCCGCGCUGGAUGAGCCAGGUGUGCCGGAAAUGGCCAUGGGUUUUUCUAUUCCUGUGAUCAUCAAUUCCGGUCUUAUCGAAAACAGCCUGCGCUGUGAGGCAGGCAAGUUAGGCAUUCCCAUCAUCACCUACGAAGCAGGUGAAGCACUGCGGCUGAAUGAACGCGCUAUCGUCACCGGCGUGCGUGGCAUUGUCAGCGUGAUGCGUUCACUGAAGAUGCUGCCAAGUCGGCGCAUUCAAACGGUUCGUGCUGAACCUUACAUUGCGCGUUCGUCGAAGUGGGUGAGAGCGUCUAUGGACGGCAUGUUCAGGCCCCUUGUGCAACUGGGCGCACGUGUCAGGAAAGGCGCGUCGUUAGGGGUUAUUUCGGCACCAUUUUCCUCUCAGGAGGAGGUCUUACAGGCCGAAGCGGAUGGCAUUAUUAUUUGCGUGAAUAACCUGCCGCUGGUCAAUGAGGGUGAAGCCCUGUUUCAUAUCGCCCGGUUUGAAGCAGCCCGCGCUGUUGAGUCGGAGAUUGCCAAUCAUGAAAGUAAUAUUGAGGAUGACCGACUGUACGAAAUUGAGACGGUGCCUGUGCCUGAUAUUGAUAUCGUGGAAUCCAGCGAUCAGCCGUCUUAA